UGCAGCGCGAGCGGACACGACGAUUCCCGACUUUUACCGAGAGCAGCCGAACGCUUUCCGUUAUGUUUUUGUUAUAAGUUCUUAAAUCCAUUUUGCUGUUUAAAAAACACAGAAAUUACAUAUUCUUUGGUUAAUAAUCAUUUUAAUCUUUAUAAAUAUAAGAAUAUAACUGUAUUUUAGUAGGUAAUUAUUCCUUAAGUAAGAUAAAACUGCUCAUAAUCUCCGUAGGCCAUUCCCUUAGAGCGGUUGCUAAGUGACAAGAAAGGUUCGUUUAUCACAAUACUACCUGUUGACUUUCUUCCAGUUAUACUUCAGUGCAGCUAUUUGUGUAAGUUCUUAAGACCAGGAAAACACUGAGAUUAGAGAAUGGAGAUGACUUCAAACAGCGUGGUGGCGAAAGGCAAUGUGGAGGUCCUCCAGAUCUAUAAACUCCUGCAAUAUGUUCGGGAGAAGAACAAACCACAGAUAAAAAAGAUGGUCCAAAUGGGUGUGUCCAACCUGAUAAAUAUGACUGAGCCCAAACAGGGACUCGGUGCCUUGUAUCAGGCAUCUGUGGACCAUGAUGAAGACCUCGUACAGUUCCUUCUGUCCCUGAAAGCCCAUCCUGACAUACAGGACAAGAAGGGCUGCACACCAGUCAUGCUGGCUGCACAGCUGGGCUACUACAAGAUUCUGUAUCUUUUGAUCAAACAUCAUGCAAAUGUGACACUCACAGAUGAAGAGGGAAAAGGGGUGCUGUUCUACUGUAUCUCUCCAUCUAAAGAACAUGCUCUCUGCCUGCAGAUGGCGCUCAGCAGCAAUGCAAAUGUCAACAAUAUUUCUAACUCAGGGAAGCCACUGCUUGUGUUCGCUUGUGAUAAUGCAAAGGACUGUGAAGACUUAUGCAUAAACAUAUUGGAGAAAGGAGCUGAUCCAAAUGCAGUAGAUCAGGUAACACAAUGCUCUGCGCUCAUGGAGGCCUCUAAGGCUGGUGCUGUGAAGCUUGUCAGAGCCAUUUUACAAAAAGGAGGGAAUCCUAAUUUACUUGAUAAAGAAGGACGGUGCGCUGCCCACUUAGCUGCAGAAGGAGGUUUCCUUGAGGUUUUACAGGUGCUGUCUGCAUACUCUGCUGACAUGGGUAUCAGCACGACAAAGGGUAACACACCAUUGCACGUUGCUGCUGCUGGUGGCUUCAGUGAGUGCUGUAGAUUCCUGGCCCAAAGAGGAUGCAAUCCCAAACUGAAGAAUCUGGAAGGUCUUCUUCCAAGCCAGGUCGCCAAAAACAAUGGCCACAAAGCUGCACUGAAGGAGCUCAAGAAAGCAGAGAAAAUGCAUGUGAAGCUUUCUGCGCCUGACGCCGUAAACCCUAAUGAACUCUGGGCCAUCACCCUUCACGACUGGUCUUGUGAACAUGAGGCAACCUUGCGCAGAGCCUUUGAAAUCGCUGAGGGACUGGAUAAACCUGUUGAAAAAGUUUCUCUGGAGACAUUUGUGUCUUUACUGAAUGUGCAUCGAGCUCCUGUAAGUAACGAGAAUCUGCAAAGGAUCAUCAAGGAACAUGACAAAAACCAUGAAAGUGUCAUCAAUGUAAAUGAGUUUUUCAAAGGCCUCAAGUACCUCCAGAAGGCAUUUGUCAUCUCAUCCUACGCUCCUAAGCCAGCUAAGAAGGAAAAGGGUGGCAAGGAAAAGAAGAGUGCCAAAUCUGCCACGCCAUUCCCCAUAUGCACAAUGCCACCUGAGCUGAUUUGCAGAAGAGAGGACAGUGGACUGCCUUACUACAUGAUCGAGAGCUACCGGCCGUUCGCUGACACCAAGCGUUUCAACCGAGACCGGCCACCAGUUCACCCCAUUGAGAAUGACUCUGCUUGGUAUAUUGAUGAUCCUGAAAAGAUCUAUACCAACAUCAAUUACUGUGUGAAGACUGGAGAUCUAGAUUCUCUUAGCCUGGCAUUUACCCAACAAGUGCCUGUUGAUAUCAAAGAUCAGUUCUUUAAGACGCCGCUCAUGACAGCAUGCUGCUGUGGCAACUACCAAGUAGCCAAAUUCCUCAUUUCACUGGGGGCUGAUGUCAAUGCAGGUGACCAGUUUAACUGGACGCCCCUCCACCAUGCUUGCCAUGGAGGUCACGUAGACAUUAUCAAGAUGCUGGUGCAAUCUGGAGCCGUGGUGGAUGCAGUGGCAAUGAAUGGAGCAACUCCACUCAUGAGAGCUAUUGAAAGCUGUCGAUUCAGCUGUGUAGAGUAUCUCAUCAAAGCUGGAGCCAAAGUCAAGGCAGAAAACAAGAGAGGGCAAAAUUGCUUGGACAUUGCUAUAAAUUAUGGUGAUGCUAGAAUCAUUGCGUUGGUCCUUGCCAAAUCCAGCAUUCUUCCAAAAAAUAAAGACAAUGGGAAAGGAAAUGAAAAGAAACCACAACCAAAUUUGAAGCCAGCUUCAAAACCAGCUUCUUCAUUAAAAGAAAAGAAGGAUAUUCGAUCAGUUUCAGCAGCUGUGAAAAUAGAGCUGAGAGACAACAUCAUAGUUAAGAACCCAAAGUUCACCAUUCGAAGUGGCACCAACAAGUCUGACAUCAGCUUUGUCCCCAAAACCCUUUGGGGAAAACAGAUCACCAACAGUCCACAGCACACUGAGAAGGAGAAGGGAACACUUUGAGGAAAAGAUGACUCUCAAGGACUUCAUACACUUUAACAAGAGCAUCCCAGACCUGAAUGGGAUAGGGCGACUGGGAAGGGAAUAAAUUAAUUAUCUCAGCGCAAUAGCUGAUUUUCAUUCAGAGCUAUUGUCUGUCUUUCGUUUCUGACAAAUUAGUCUUUCCCAGACUUAUUUGACUUUUGUCAGUUGAGCAAAAAUGAAAGAUAGAUACAGAAGGACCACAGAAAAAUCCUAUAAAUCCCCCUUUUUUUGACACUGGAUAAAAAUAACCUUUCAUAGUCAGUCAUUGAGAUGCACAGUGGUUACCUUACUGUGCUGCCAUUUGGAUUAUUGCUAUACAAACCCCUGACCGAGAGCACCACCUGCUCUAUAAGCCAUUUUCCUUUACGCUUCUCCUGUGACUUUGGCUUUAAUCACCAGCCCCCACUGAACACAGGAAAAGGAGAUGACAGUCAUAAAUUUUAAGGUAACACAUUAAUCAGUGUAGGUGAUUGUGUAAUUUUAAUUGACACAUGCUGGCCAGUAGGGGGUGGUCAGACACAAUAAUACAAUUAUAUAAUACAGUUUUUCACAAUUGCUAAGACACUAAACCUUAUUCUCUGAAACAAAAGGCCUAAACCUAUUUGUCGAAAAACAAAAAUUACCCACUAAAACACAUUUUGGUACUAUUUUCACAAGUAAGGUGUACAUUUUCAAAGCUCUUAGUACAAAAAUACAAACUGAUCACACACAGCUAGUCAUUCUUUCAAAACCUGAUCCUAUGCUUUCAUUACAGUUAUACACAGUUUUCAGUCCACAUAAUUAUUGUUUCAAACACAAGAUUAUUAUAAUAUGUAAAGAGAACAUUUAGUUUAAUCACCGAAACACAACAGUAUGAUCUUCUUUCAGUUUAGUACUUUUAACAAUGUUCAUUUAAAAGCAAA